CAGUUGGCAAUCAAUUUAAAUAUGCAAAUUAAAUCUAGUGUGAGGUCAAAUUACUCGUCAAAAAUUUUCAUGUAGGCCCAAACCACAAUUUGGCUGGGAAAUUAAAAGGUGCCUUAAUUCCCUAGGGACAUGGCCUUAAUAAUGGCAUGGAGAGCUUAUGAAAUGCGUGAUCAGAUCACCGUCAUUUAAUGGUUUAGACGGCGACGAAGAGGGACUGGGCAUAAAUCUUAGUUAUCGGUCAUCGCCGUCCAGUCAAUGAUCAGACUGUAAUGUCUCUAAUGACAUACAUUUCAUGUGCUCAUGUGGAUCAUAUUAUACUCACCCGGACCGCGAAACCCCUUUGCAAUAACAACAGAUCAGGAACCACACGUGCAGACCCAUAAACCCUAAACCCUGCCUUUCCCCUUCCACAAGACUCUAGAAGCUACCAUUUGGCUUUAAUCAGGGCUCUUCCCCCACUCUCUCUCUCUCUCUCUCUUUCUCUGUUCGAAAUGGCAAAGCGCCUCAUCCCCACUUUCAACCGUGUUCUGAUCGAGAAAAUCGUCCCUCCCUCCAAAACCACCACCGGUAUUCUCUUGCCUGAGAAGACUAGCAAGCUGAACUCUGGGAAAGUCGUAGCAGUAGGCCCUGGUGGGCGUGACAGAGAUGGCAAAGUCAUUCCUGUCUCUGUGAAAGAAGGGGAGACCGUUCUUUUACCUGAAUAUGGUGGAACUGAAGUCAAGCUUGGUGAUAAAGAGUAUCAUAUUUAUAGAGACGAAGAUAUAUUGGGAACCCUGCACCAUUAGGAAGAGGAAUGCGUUAUUGGGUUUUGAGAAAUUUUGGGUCCAUCUUAUUUUCCUUUAAUUACUUGUUAUGUGUAGGUUUAUUUGAACUGAGGCUGAAAAGCAUGAAAGAAUGGGUAUGUUAGUUUGAAGAUUUCUCUCUGUGAUAUGUAAUGGGUAGGACUUCUUUGUGUCACAGAACAUUUGGAUUUUGGAUUCUCAUUGUAGUGUCUUAGAGAUAUUUUACCGUGGAAGUUAAAACUCUAUUUUGGUCUA